UACACUUAAAAAGAGGUGGCACUCCGAGAGCAGCGUUCAUUCAGCACUGCCUGAGUAAGAAGAUUACUUUUGCACUGCUCGUCUAGAUACUCUUUCUCUGUUUAAACAUGCUAAGGAUGCUAAAGCGCCAGCAGCUCCACCCGGGAAUGAUUUUAUUACUCUUAUGGCUCUGUUAUUUGAUUGAAGAUCAAAAAGUGCAAGCUGGUAACUGCUGGCUCCAGCAAGGCAAGAACGGGAGAUGUCAGGUCCUCUACAUGCCUGGGAUGAGUCGAGAGGAAUGCUGCCGGAGUGGGAGGCUCGGUACAUCUUGGACUGAGGAAGAUGUGCCAAACAGCACAUUAUUCAGGUGGAUGAUCUUCAACGGCGGGGCUCCAAACUGCAUACCUUGUAAAGAGACAUGUGAUAACGUGGACUGUGGCCCUGGGAAGAAAUGUAAAAUGAACAGGAGGAGUAAGCCUCGCUGCGUCUGCGCUCCAGACUGCUCCAACAUCACCUGGAAGGGGCCUGUGUGUGGCUCAGACGGGAAAACAUACCGAGAUGAAUGUGCCCUUUUGAAAUCCAAAUGCAAAGGGCACCCAGAUCUGGAGGUGCAGUACCAAGGCAAAUGCAAAAAGACGUGUCGUGAUGUCAUGUGUCCGGGAAGCUCGACUUGCGUGGUGGACCAGACAAACAAUGCAUACUGUGUGACAUGCAACCGCAUAUGCCCAGAGGUUACCUCUCCGGAUCAGUACCUUUGUGGCAAUGACGGGAUUGUUUACGCCAGCGCGUGCCAUUUGAGGAGAGCCACAUGCUUGCUUGGUAGAUCCAUUGGAGUGGCAUAUGAAGGGAAAUGCAUCAAGGCCAAGUCAUGUGACGAUAUCCAGUGCAGUGUGGGAAAGAAGUGUCUAUGGGAUUCCAAGAUGGGUCGCGGGCGUUGUGCAGUUUGCAUGGAGACAUGCCCAGAAAGUCGAUCGGAGGAGGCCGUGUGCGCCAGCGACAACACCACGUAUCCCAGCGAGUGCGCCAUGAAGCAGGCCGCUUGCUCUUUGGGGGUUCUCCUGGAGAUUAAGCAUUCAGGAUCUUGCAACUCCAUUACUGAAGACCAGGAGGAUGAUGACGAUGAGGACGACCAGGACUACAUGGCUUAUAUCCGAUUAUCACCUGUACUGGAUGGAUAAAGCACCAUCAACAAGUAGAACAGUCCUAGGGCAAGGAAUCAUGUCCACACUGUACAUAUGUGUAUGCUAAUUUAUUUUUCAGAGAAAAAAAAGAUAGUAGUAUACAUGUAGUUCAGUCUGCUUGAUGUUUAUUUAUACAGUGUUCUGUUUUAUAAUUUAUACAUUUACAGUGUCUGGCUUACUUGUCUAUCAUGUUAUUUUGGUUUCACUUAUGUUGUCUUUCCCUUUUUUCUUUUUUUUAUGACCGAGAAAUAUAUUUGUCCAAAGAGAAGCAGUGUUAUUUAUUGUGAGGUAAAAUGCUAUCAUGUAAAGUGUGAGUCUUUGGCAAGCUGUAAAUUGCAUUCCCCGAGCUGUAUAAAUGCUUAUCAAUGUCAAUUCUGUAUCACAGAUGUUUAUUUCACACAUACCUGCAUGUUAGCUUGUGAGUUUAUUUAUUGGAAAAAAAAUGGAAACGCAUAGGAAAAAAAUGUCACUCUUUAAUGUACAUGUAUAUUUUUGGUUUUGUUUACAACUCAGUGUAACUGACCAAAGGGAUUUUCUUGAACAUUCUUCAAUGUUUUUGUGAUAUGGUGCAGAAGGAUAACAUUGAAAAUGAGCCGUUUCUCAUAUAGGAAACCCCUGACGAUUCACUUGUACAAAAUGCCGUCCGUCAUCAACAUUGGCUUUUUGACAAUAGGGCAGAAAUUAGCAGUGGGUUGUACUUGUUCGAGAAAACUGUGCCAUACAAAUUUGUCUUUUUUUUUUCUUGCCAAUAUUCUGCUCUAUAUUGCUCUUGCAGAGCUAAAGAAAAGGUCAUUAAGAGGACUCCGUAUCAAUAUAUAAAACAUUCACUUUUUCACUUUGUUGUCAAAAUGCAUUUUUAUUUU